AUGGAGGGGUUCCAGUGGAGCAGGCCCGUCUCCUUGCUCCUGUAUGCCGUCUUCUUCCUGGCGGCGGCGGCCGUGUCGGAGGCCAACAUCGGCGAGUUCGACGAGUACUGGCAGCGGCGCCAGCUGGAGGCCAGAGCCCGCGCGGAGGCCGCCUACCAUCCCAACCCCAUCGAGGUCGCCAACAGCCUGAACCGCGCCGUCCACAGAGCCGUUCGGGAGGAGAGCGGGUCGAGGAGGAAGUUGCUGGGACUGCACAAGAAGUUCGCUGGGCCGUGCACGGCGACGAACCCGAUCGACCGGUGCUGGCGGUGCCGCGACGACUGGGCGACGGACCGGAUGCGUCUGGCGCGGUGCGCGCAGGGGUUCGGGAGGCAUGCCACGGGCGGGCUGGGCGGGAAGAUCUACAUCGUCACGGACGGCGACGACGACGACGUGCUGGAGCCGCGGCCGGGCACGCUCCGGUGGGCCGUGAUCCAGAAUGAGCCCCUGUGGAUCAUCUUCGCCAGGCCCAUGCUGAUCAAGCUCAAGGAGGAGCUGUUGGUCGGCAGCAACAAGACCAUCGACGGGCGCGGCGUGCAGCUGCGCAUCGCCGAUGGCGCGCAGGUGACCGUGCAGUAUGCGCACAACGUGAUCAUCCACAACAUCCACGUCAACGACCUCAUCGUGGGCAAGGGCGGCAGGAUCCGGGACUCGCCGCAGCACGCCGGGUUCCGCACCCAGUCCGACGGCGACGGCGUGAGCGUCUUCGGCUCCACCGACGUGUGGCUCGACCACCUCUCCCUCGCCACCUGCCAGGACGGCCUCAUCGACGUCAUCGACCAGUCCACCGGCGUCACCAUCUCCAACUGCCACCUCACAAACCACAACGACGUCAUGCUCUUCGGCUCCAGCGACAGCAACCCCAAGGACGAGAUCAUGCAGAUCACCGUCGCCUUCAACCACUUCGGAAGAGGGCUCGUGCAGAGAAUGCCAAGGUGCCGAUGGGGAUUCUUCCACGUGGUGAACAACGACUACACCCACUGGCUCAUGUACGCCAUCGGCGGCAGCAAGAACCCGACCAUCAUCAGCCAGGGGAACCGCUACAUCGCGCCGCCGAACCUGGCGGCGAAGCUGAUCACGAAGCGGCUGUACGCGGAGGAGUCGGAGUGGAAGAACUGGGUGUGGCACUCGGAGGGGGACCUGAUGCUCAACGACGCCGUCUUCACCGACAGCGGCGGCCCCAACCAGAGGAAGUUCGAGAAGGACGACCUCAUCCCGCCCAAGCCGGGAUCCCUCAACUACAACACCACUGAGCCACUUACUCGAACGAAUUAUGUCCUUUGGAAAGCCCAAGCAAGAUCCCAAAUAAUGGGCGUCGGCUUGUACAACUACAUCGACAACACCAUUGAGGAGCCUCGCAAGAUCAUCACCACCAAAGACAAAGACGGCAAGGACCAGCGAUACGAACUGACAAAACCACACUCAAUCAGAUGCUCCACUGACCCAAUCCUCAAACCAGGUAACCACAUCGAGAUACCUAAAAUCAAUGGUUCACAUGUGUUGGACUUGUGGAUUGAUGUUGGGCUGUCCACACACCUCCAUGUGGAGGGACUUGGAGCAACAGUUGUUCGGCUUUAA